UACUAUGUAUACUAUGUCUAUGAGUGCCAGUGUGUGCCAUGAUCUAGGGUUACCAAUCUUUCCAAUAAUAGCCCUUAGUAGAAAUCUUUACAUUUUAAAAGUAUUAACAUUUUAAUUAGUAUUAUAAUCUAAUGUUACAGCACUUAUACAAAGUUUUUAAUGAUCUAUACAUUGCAUCUUUCCUUCUACCUCUUCUCUAGAUCAGGUUGUGUUAUGUUGUUGAUGCUAAUGAAAUGGCGGUAUUACUUGUUCUCCUUGGGUUCCUAAGAUGACCAUUGUUCGUAGCCCAGUUUCUUCCCCCAAUACAGGUAUAGUCCAGGUGCGGGCCAUCGAGGUAUACAUGAACCGGAAGGAGGUGGAGGCGGUGAAUGGCACCAGCGUGAAACUCCAGUGCACGUUUAAGUCAUCGGAGCCCAUCUUUGAGGACUCUGUCAUCGUUGGCUGGAACUUCAGGCCUCUGAAGCCUGGCGCCGAGGAGACGGUGUUCCACUACCAGGAGGGCCCUUUCCCUCCGACUGAGGGCCGCUUCAAAGGCCACGCAGUGUGGUCAGGGGACAUCAUGAAAGAGGAUGCCUCCAUCACGCUCCUCGACGUCCAGUUCAACUUUAACGGCACCUUCAGCUGUGAGGUGCGCAAUCCCCCAGACUUCCAGGGCAUCGCAGGGGAGGUCAUCCUGAAGGUCGUCGAAAAAGCUUCCAUCUCAGAUAUCAAAAUCUUGGCGGCGUCAGUAGGAGGCGCCAUUGCAGUGGUCAUAGUCAUCCUCAUAAUCUUCGUCUUGGUGCGGAGGCGCCUGAGCCUGCGCGAUGACGACGAAGAACCAGAGGUGGAGCUGCGCGAGAGCCUGCGGAAGGACCCCACCGUCUGGUGAGAGGCGCCCCGGGCCCCCAACCGAAACCUGCAGGGUUCUGGAUGCUGGCUCCGGCCUAUGGAGACUUAGGGGCUGUGGUCGUCUGGCUCCUCUGGCUCUUUGAGGCUCCUGUCUUUCCCAUAGGUUUCACACUUGGUCUUCAGCCACCGAAAAGGGAGCGAGGCGCUGAGCUAGUGCGAAAUAUAUUUCGAGUAUUACUUGACCGACAAAUUUCACUGUUGCAAAAUGAUGUACAUAUUCACGUAUGUGAUUUUUACUAGAAGCAUUUAGCAUUGUUUUAUGAUAUAUAUAUUUUAAAUAUUCAUAAUUGUUUUUAUUUUGAAUAGAAAUAUAACAGACCUUUUUAACAGACCUUUUUUGUUUCUUUGUAUUGAUAGAUUUUAUAUUUUGAAUUGGCAAACAGAAAGGGAAAGUUUGGAAAGAAAUAGAACUGGUUAAAAACCACAGUGCUAUUCUGUACAAGUUCUGUAUUCAACUGGCAUCAAUACAAACCAGGUUAUGUGCCCUAAUUCAGGCUUAUUUACUGUCUUACAAUAUCCCGGCAUUCUUGUACAGAGGCCUUUGUAAGCUUGGGUAGCCAUUGGUGUCAGUUGAAAACAAGAUGGUUGCAUUCUCGUCCUACAGAUCUAUUCCAUUCAUGCAUUGCCUUUUUAUUAUUUAUUUCACCAAAAAUCUCUAUGACUGUAUGACGAGACUGCAGUCACACAUUCUCUCUCUUCUCUCUCUCUCUCUCUCUCUCUCUGUUGGGAAACUGAUCAGUGUGAUAUUACUCUAGGCAUGAUUGUUGGGACGUGGUAUAUCUGGCUGGGGUUGAGUUGGAUGGAUGUUUUGUAGGUUUUUGUUUUUCUUCUUCCAUUUCGGUCUAAAGAGACUUUGGACUAACGUCUCCAAAUGCUUCCUGCUCACUGCAAACAAAUCAGAUCGCACACUGUUGGUCCUGUGACUUGGGCAGUCAAAGACUUCUGAGACGGAUCUUAAUUCUCUCACGGAACAUGGAAAAGGAUGGCCAUCUUGUCAAGAAGGACAUGGGCAUUCCCUUAUCCCUAUCUCGACUGGAGGAAACAUGUCUUUGGCUCUCUCUCUCUGGGUUUACGCAAGGGCUUGUGGGUAAUCAAAAGCCAACUACCUUUCUUCCCCAGGCUGUUGUAAGCUUUCAGUGACAACAGCAGGUGGCCAUGUAAGCUAGAUAUGCAAUACUGUGUGUGUGUGUGUGAGUGUGUGUGUGUGUGAGUUUUUCUGCAUACCUGUGCAUAUUCUGUGUGUAUGUCUGGACAUGUACUCCAUGUGUGUUCAUAAACCCCCUGUAUGUCAGCAAACCAGAGGAGGCCAUUCACCUGAUGAUAGUGGAGAAGGCUUUCGAAGUGGACAGCUCGGACGGAGGGUCCGAAGAGAGUAGCGAUGAUGAUGAUGAUGACGAGGAUGACGAAGAUGAAGAUGAUGACGACGAUGAUGAUGACGAUGGAGGAGAUGAUGAUGAUGAUGAUUAGCACAGGUAACCUUAGCGCAAACUGAGUUAUAGCAGGAAAGACAAUAGAGACAGACAAUACUGUCAGUUAACUGGCAAUGCCUAACCCAUCACAGACGUGUCUAGCACUGCUCAGCUACUGCCCUAAUUCUGCCGUUACUGUAAUUCUAACAUUGAUAAUCUGUGUUAUUAAAAGUAAAUCGUGAAUAACACAGUCCAUCCUGAGUUCAACACCAGGUGUCACUUGAUCUCCUUCUGGUCUGCCGACUCCACCAAAUGUGUGUUUGACAGUUUCAUUUCAGUGUUAAUGAUGUCUUUUGUAAGGCUUGAUGGGAAAUUUGAACUUACUUGCCAGUGAUCUUUCUAGUGCUGUCAUGGACCAAGUGAUGCAGUUGCUGCUGCUGUUGCAGAUGUGUAUGUGUGUGUGUGUGUGUGUGUGUGUGUGUGUGUGUGUGUGUGUGUGGGUGCGGGCCUGCAGGGAGGUUUGUGUGUGCAAAGCGAUUACCAUCGGAGUGGAUACCCAGAAUGCUCUUCUCUGUUCCUGUGGGCAUGUUGUAUGAGUGGAGAGUGUGUGCUUGAGAAAGAGAGAAAGAAAAAGACAGAGAUGUAUUUACUGUAUUAUGGCUCAUGAAGGUAUUUGUGUUUGCACAAAUUGUGGGAUGUCAAAUUUUAAUGUAGAAAAUAUUGCACUGCCUUUUUGAUAUUCCUGUUUUAAUUACAGUCAAACACACUGAUCAACACUUAACACACUUAACAUUCCCCAUUUUCUAUGAACUGUAUAGAUUUGAUCAUGUUUUAACAACCAAUAAAUUUGAGACUUUUCUGAGUA